AUGCUACCUCGCACAAUGUUGAACCUCCAAGGGAGGGCCUUCUAUCAGCUUAUGUCGUUUAGCUGCGCGAUGGUGUGUUGGACGUCAACAUAUAUUGUUCAUCGCUGAAGAAUCACAGGCCUUCCUGAUCUUCGGAUACGACGCUGGUGUUCUUGGUGGCGUGCAAACAACGCAGCCAUUCCUCUCUGGAUUAAAUGUAUGCUCUAGACAUGGUCAAUGCUCAGGCCAAGUUCAAAAGUCUGACUGCAGUGCAGAUCACGGGCAACGAACAAGGCAACCUUAUCAUCCCACUCAUUGCCUCAUCCUACACGUGAGAUGAGAUUCCCCAGCGUCCGGUUAUUGAUCUGACGAUAUCCUUUAGGCUUGGAUGCCUGGUCAUGGCUAUCUUUCUCGUCAUCUCGGGCGUCGGCUACCACUUUGGUCGACGUAUGAGCAUUCUCAUUGGCGAUGUCCUGGUUGUCAUCGGUGGCGCUAUUCAAGCCUCAUCUUUCUCCGUCGCUCAAAUCAUCACGGCUCGCGUCAUUUGUGGAUUUGGCAUUGGCCUUAUCUCAGCCACAGUUCCGACUUACAUGUCCGAGACGACCAUAAAAACUUCUCAACGCGGUCCGCAAGUUGCCAUUCAAUGCGUAUAUUUGAUCUGGGGCGUUGCGCUGGCAUACUGGGUAGACCUGGGCAUGACGCAGCUGGACAGCCAGGCGAGUUGGCGAUUCCCUAUCUCGCUCCAGAGUUUGUUCACGCUGCUCAGUUUUGUAGGCAUGUUGGUGCUACCAGAUACGCCGAGGUGGUACUAUUCCAAAGGAAGAAUCGAGGAUGGAGAUAGAGUCUUGAGCCAACUCUACGCACUUCCCAUUGAAGACGAACAAGUCCAAAAAACCCGGGCAGAGAUCUUGGAGACCAUCAAACUGGAGGACCAGGAAGGGCGGAUCAAGGUUCUGGACUUCUUCUGGGACCGAUCAAAAUUACAAUCAGCGAGACGAGUGCGCACAAGCUUCUUGAUCCUGUCGCUUCAGCAGAAUAUGGGUACGUACAAUGAAGCAUUCCCAGAUCUUGGCGGGUGCGUGGCUGACAGAGCGUGCAGGCAUUAACAUUUUGGUUUACUACUCGACGAUCAUCCUCGCGAAUGUCGGCCUCGAUACCUUCAUGCAGCAAACCAUCGCUGCCGUCACAAACACCGUUUUUGCGAUUGGUACCAUUUUCACUGUGUUCACAAUCGAGCGUUGGGGAAGGAGAACAAUCAUGUUCUGGACAGCAAUCGGAUGUAAGUUGCAUUGGAAAUACCUCAUUUAUCGAAAACUGAACCCGUUCAGGUACCAUCUCCAUGGCGAUCUUCAUUGCGGUGCAGGGCCUGCCAAGUCCCACUCUGGCCACUUAGUGGACCGCGGUGGUGUUCGUCAUCAUAUUCCAAUUUCUGACAGGAUUAGGCUGGAUGGGAUGCCCUUGGCUAUAUGGACCUGAGAUCGCACCGCUACGCUACAGACAUCUCGGUGGAGCAGCAGGUAUUGUAGGCGAAUGGUCCAUGACUUUCGCUACCGUCUUCGGAGGAGGGAUUGCAGUGCAGUCUGUUGGGUGGCCAAUCUGGUUCUGGCAAUUGACUUCGUGUGUCGUUGCCGUGAUAUGUAAGUUUACUAGUGCGUUGUCACUCAUGGAAACUGACCCGGUGUGCAGUCGUCUACUUCUGGUGUCCAGAGACUGCUGGCAAGACUCUGGAAGAGAUCGACGACGUCUUCAUCGAGGAAGCCCAAAGGUGGCCAGGUGCUAAGCACAUACGAGUGCACGAAGAAGAGCUGAGCGUGGAGGAUUCGAGAUCGGGAAAGGGGGCCAAGUAUGAAGAAGUUGCCGAGCACGAAGAGACAGUGUAG